GGUAGGCUGUAUGCGCCGCAGAUCAUGGUCACGAAAGCGACCGGCAGCGUCUCGCCGCUUCUGCGCCAUGACAGCGAGGGGCGAGGGCCGCUGCCAGCGCCGGGCACAGGCAAGCUGCGGCCCUUCUUGGCAAGGCUUCCGACAGAAACCAUUGGGUCUUCAUCAACAGUCGGAGGGAAUGAGGGCGUCGUGAUGAUGAGUCCCGGGUCUGUUGGGAUCAGCGACGAGGAGGAGGCGUGGAGCGCGGUAUCGCGGACCAUCAAGCCAGUCGCAGAUACGCUGCGGUCAGAUUACGAGCUGCGCUAGGAGCAACUGACUUAGAUGCAAACUGCGUCGCCAUGCUGCGCAUCUUGCUGACGCAUCGAAGCAGCAAGUACACCCGACCGCUCCAAGAAGCACAGAUCGAAAUCAUGCGUGUGCUGGCGAAUCUAUGCAUAGAAUGUGAUACCAAUCGAGACAAGCUCUUGCACCUCCAAGCGGCCUCCGCUAUCCUUGCUCUUGUCGACUCGCUGCUCAACGACCCGAUUCCCGACAUGAAAGCCAUGGUUCAUUUUGACACACAGACUUUGGCCUUGUUGCGCGCUGCGACCGGCGCAAUAUUGAACCUGCAACUCGAUCAUCCAGCAACCAAACGUGCGCUAGGCGCCAGUGCCACUUCGCUGCGCACGAUCUACAGAUUAGCGUCAACACCAAGGAUCUACGUGCCGAAUUCAUGGGCAGAUGGGAACCAUGGCUUUGCACGAGCAGCGCAUGGGAGUCCCAAGCAGGCGGAGAACAUGAAUCUCAUCAGGACGGGCGCGACUGUGUCGACAUGGGCCUGGCGGAUCGUGCAGGAUGUCGUGAGCUGUGGCGCGACAGGCGUAAGCGAUGGCGGAGCGCUCAGUCCGAGCAGCGGGACCGAGUUAAGCGGCCGCAGUCGGUCCGAUACCCUGCUAACAGAUGCCGCUAUUAAUGCAACUGCAGUUUCGCUGAGGGCUUUCCUCGCAGCGAGUAGCCACCAUAAGCAAGGCGAUGAUAUCCUGCCUUGGGACGCCGAGGAUGUUUCGACCUUGAUCGAAUCAGACAUGGAAGUCCUCUCGGCAGCUGCAGAGCUCAUCGAGUCCACCUCACUGGACUCGCCCGCCUUCCGUCUCCUGUCCGUCUCACCGGAGCACUGGCCAAACCCAGCCUCGCAGCCGGCGGGUCUACGACAUCGAAAUCCAUUAGAGCUCUACACGGCCUUUUUUGAGCGGGCCGCUCCGCCGCCAGCCUGGCAGGGGACCUCCCGGACGCCGGUGCCAGCGGAUACACAGUCGCUGCAAGAAGCAGAAAAACAGUAUGCGCAAUGCAAGGCAGCAGUCGCGCGGAGCAUCGUUGCCAUCGCCGGAGAAGAUCGUUGCAUGGACGUGCUCUUUGGAUCGGAGGCCUCGGGCUUGUCCGGCGCGUCGUGGUUUAUCGACACGCUCAAGUCGUGGGCUUCGAUGCGCCGCGGCACGAAUCGCGACGAUCUGGUCAGCAUCGCAUUGCUCACGCUCGGGAACUUGGCGCGGAAAGACUCGCACUGCGUUGCAAUGAUCGAGCAGCACGAUGUUGGCACGCUGCUCGCACCUGUGCUCGCAGAUGAGCAGGUGGACGUCAAGGUCGCGCAUGGCCUGGUAGGCUUGCUCAAGAAUCUCGCCAUUCCGGCGCAGAACAAGGAACGGAUAGGCUCGCUGGGCGUCAUCGAGGCUGUCGGUCGCUUCUUGGAGCCAUCCAAGGACAUGGUGCAGCCGCUGCAAUUCGGCACAGUUGGCCUGCUGAAGCACCUGUGCACAGGAUCAAUCGCCAACGCCGUUCGACUGGCUAACGGCCCUGUGCUCCACGCGUUGCUAGCUGUAAACAGGCGCACAGACGACGUGCCCACGCGUAUGGAGAGCACGCGCGUGCUGUUCAACAUCGUUAAGACCCUUUGGUCUGUCCGCGAUGCAGACUCCGGCUCAACAACGACUGUUGCUGCCGCCGUCGCUGCUGCCAAGGCGGCCAUCAUGCGGUUCGAGACAGCAGAAGCGCUAUGCGAGAUGGUGCGAAACGGCGUCAAGUAUCCCAUCCUGGUCAAUGAGGGUGUCAUCGCACUGACGCUGCUUGCAACCGAUGCGCGCGGGUCGCUCCUCGUCACGCAGGCGCUGGUGCAGCAGAAGCCUGCACAGGACGAAGACAACGACACGGCCAACAACAGUAGCAGCAACGGCAACGUCAAGGGCAGCAGCAGCAGCGCCACUAACCCGCAUGACAACGACAAGGAGCGCCGGCUUCCCCAGCGCGAAGGCACAGCGGACAACACGGCGUCGCUGCCGCCUGCGUCGGCGUCGGACGCGCUGGGCAUGCUCGAGAAUGUACUCACGCGCCGUGAUGCGCGCAUGCCGCCGCAGUACGCGGCCAACGCGUGCUCGCUGCUCAUUGCUAUCUUCGAAGCGUCCAAAGGCGCGGGCACGGGUGCGGGCGCGAUUGGAAGCAGAGGCGGAGCUACUGCUGCAGCACUAGCAGCAGGUGGCGGCGCAAGAGCAAAAGGGAUCGUUGCUGGGGAGGAGAUGGAUAUCAGCGUAGACUUGGCCGCCGCCGCAGAUGCGCAUCCGAUCACCGCGAUCGCUCGACGCAUGAGCGAUACCCUGCGUGGGCUGCAGGAACGCGGGCCUGCGGAGAUGGUCGCUAUGGCGGAGCGUGCGCUGCAGCUUUCUUCCCAGUGUUCGUCAUGAGGGCGGUGCGGGCGUGCAUGAGCAGCCAGCUUUUCGUCGUCGUGCGUAUGCCUCCUCCAGCACAUGCGCAGCCGGUGCGGUACGGCGCGGCUCCUUCGUAUCU